CCGCCAAUUUUCACGUUAAAAUAUAACCCUAAAAAAGUGGGAUAGAAAUUAGCUGGUGAAGAUUCGUUGGCUCAACGACAACGAACGCUUCAAACGCCAUAAUUUCCCGGCCCAAAAAUAUCAAAAAGCAAAACCAAAAAAAAAAAAAAAAUUUUCCCUUUUUCAUUUUCCUAGGGUUAGCCCAUUCUCUAAUUUCCUCUUUUGAUAUCCCCUCUUUCUCUAAUUUCACCUAGGGUUUCCUUCAACAAUACAGAUGGCUGAUUGAAGAAGAAAAGGAUGAAAACAAAAUAGAAAAUGAGCGCUUCAAGGUUUAUAAAGUGCGUGACUGUUGGUGAUGGUGCCGUUGGUAAAACUUGUUUGCUAAUUUCUUACACCAGCAACACUUUUCCUACGGACUACGUGCCAACUGUAUUUGACAAUUUCAGUGCAAAUGUUGUUGUCAAUGGGAGUACUGUUAAUCUGGGGUUGUGGGAUACUGCAGGGCAGGAGGAUUAUAACAGAUUAAGACCUUUGAGUUAUCGCGGGGCAGAUGUGUUCAUAUUGGCAUUUUCCCUCAUUAGCAAGGCCAGUUAUGAAAAUGUCUCCAAAAAGUGGAUUCCAGAGUUAAAACAUUAUGCCCCUGGUGUUCCAAUAGUUCUUGUUGGAACUAAGCUUGAUCUUCGGGACGAUAAGCAGUUCUUUAUUGAUCAUCCUGGAGCUGUACCCAUUUCUACAGCCCAGGGAGAGGAGCUAAGGAAGCUGAUUGGUUCACCUGCUUAUAUUGAAUGCAGUUCAAAAACACAGCAGAAUGUGAAGGCAGUUUUUGAUGCUGCCAUCAGAGUCGUACUUCAACCACCCAAUCAGAAGAAAAAGAAGGGCAAAGCACAGAAGGCCUGCUCCAUAUUGUGACUGGAAAAAAAAUGUGAAAAAAGAUUAUGGCCUUCACCCGUCUUUCCUUUCUCUUCUCUUUGCUCUUGAAGAUAUUAGAAGUCCUGGAUAAUAGUCUCUCAACAACUGAGGACCUCUGUGAAGCAUCUCUUGAUUUGGUAGUGUUACUUUAUGCAACUGUUGUGAUCUCUAAUUGUUGAAGCGAAGUACAUUGAUGCCAUCCUCCUCCGGACUCCAUUUUUUUAUAUGUUUAUGUAUUAAUUCCCCUGGAACAUUCCAGUUAGGAAACAGCCUUAAAUUUAUUGCUUCGUAUUGUUCUAAAA